GUAGAGCUCCCAGUGGAUGACAACCAGCUUAGCAGAGCAGCAGGAGAGCAAGGAGAAGCUGCUGGAGAUACACAGUUAUUUUCCCGAGGGGGGGGGAAGAUCACACAAGUGUAAGCGUAGACAUGUUUGACGCUUCUCACUAUCCAUUCAACUGUUUCAACUAUGACGGAGACGCAUACGCUUCCUGUAGCAGCGAACAGGAGAAGAAGAUGUGUCGGCCCGCCUACAGCUACAUCGCCCUGAUCGCCAUGGCGAUCCAGCAGAGCCCCGAGCAGAGGGUCACGCUGUCGGGCAUUUAUGAAUUCAUCAUGAGGAGGUUCCCUUACUACCGCUCCAACCAGAGAGCCUGGCAGAACUCCAUCAGACAUAACUUGUCGCUCAACAGCUGCUUCAUCAAGGUUCCCAGGACGGAGGGCAACGAGAAAGGAAAAGGAAACUUUUGGACUUUUGCCACAGGAUGCGAAUCCAUGCUUGACCUCUUUGAAAACGGCAACUUUCGACGUCGCAGGCGUAGGCGGAACGUGAAAGUUGGCCUCCGCGACCCAGGAGAGGCCCCGCUCCGGCCCGCCGAGAGCCCCGGCAAGCAGCGCGCGCUUGCGGUCCACCACCCCGAGGCAGACUCCGACCUUCGCCCUCUGAACGCUUACAGACCUCGGCCGUGCCCCACGCCAAACCCCGCCGUCCCAAAACCCGAGUCGGAGAUCAAGUUCAGCAUUGACUACAUCCUGUCCACCCCGGACCCGCCCGUGCCUGGGAUCAGAUCCUCACACGUAGGCCCGCCAGGACCGCCCUUACAUGUUCUGGAGCCCCAGCACCUGAACCUGCACUUCUGGACCCUGUGAGGGUGGCGGGCCUGCUUGAUUCUGGGGGAAACUGAGGAUUUUUUUUUUUUCUUUUCCCAAAGACAAUAAUAAUUCCAUUGACUUUAAAUUGCAAUUAGGUGACAAACUAAUAUGUUGGCUUGAAACACGGAAAUAUAUUAAAAAAAAAAAACUAUCGUGUCAAAUAUAUAUACCAAUACACGAAUUGAAAUAAGGUAAUGUUUUUGUCUGUUUUUUUUACAUUGCUGAAUCCAAAAUCUUUUCUUUAACCAAAAUAUAGCUUUAAGGAAUAAUUAGCAUAUUUUGUCAGAUGUUGAUGAACCCGUCAGAUUCAAACAGAUGAUUUAAAAAUAUAUAUAUAUUCAAUAUUUAGAAAACAUUACUGAGAUUCCAAAGUAUUUCAUGCAAAAUAAAUAUUGAAAUCACGCAACAAGUUUAGCCUCAUUACAAAAACACUGAGACUUAAUCGUCGCAAUGGUUGCUUAUUCUCAUGUGGCCUGUGAUUGGCUGUCGUUCUUUGCAGAGGAUAAAGAAUAAUCAAUUCAAUUGAAUAGUAAUGCUCUUUGUUUUAUGUUUAGUUUGACAGUAAACCUCCACCAAGAGUGGCAAUCAACA